UUUUGUUCUCUAAACUCAACGGAACACCUAGACUGACUUAGACAUUGUCUUCACCAUCCAUUAUGGUUCACUUUUUCAUCUUGGUUUUAUAUAUUAAUGUAUAUGCCCUGCUGUUACCUAAUCAGGCUCUAUCAGAUACACAGCCUAUGUGUUCUGUGAUACAUGGGCUUCCUGGUCUUAAUGGCAGAGAUGGGAGAGAUGGAUCAAAUGGACAGAAAGGAGACCCAGGUUCGCCUGGACAGACAGGGGCUAGAGGUGAGACAGGGAGUAUUGGAACACCUGGGAAAGCUGGACCUGUUGGGCCUAAAGGGAAUCAAGGAUUUAUUGGUGAAAAGGGAGGAAAAGGAGAGAAAGGAGAUCAAGAUGCCGCAGGGUUCCAAAAAAUUGCUGCUUUGGAAAAUAAAAUGACACUUUUAGAAAACCGUCUCUCCAUGCUAAAUAAUCUUGUCUUUUUCCAAAUGUCAGAAGUAAACAACGGGCACAAAAUGUACCUAUCGAGUCUGAGACAAGCUAACUAUCAUACAGCAAAAGCUAUUUGUGAGAAAUAUGGGGGUACUUUGCCUGUCCCACUGAGCAGUGAAGAAAAUUCUGCCAUAUAUGAAGUUACAAAAGUGGUAAAAGCAAUGACAUCUAAUAGGAUUUUCCUAGGGAUUAAUGACAUAAAGCAAGAAGGAGUUUUUAUGUAUCCUGAUGGGAAGCCAAUAACCUAUAAGAAUUGGUACCAACAUGAACCAAAUGGGGGAAGCGGAGAAAACUGCAUUCUAGUAUAUGAACAUGGGCAAUGGGUUGAUUUUACCUGUGAUGCCACCCAGCAAGUAGUCUGUGAAUUUACAUUUCCAUGAUGACGCAUUUCUAUACUCACUAAUAUAUAUAAAUAUUAGAGAUGUGCAGUCCAAAAAGUUUUGGUUCAUCCAAAAUUUUUGUAAAAAUAUUUUGGGAAACUUGUCUCCUAGAAUAUUUGUUGUCUUCACUUAAUUUAAAACAAAAUGAGUAUCGAGUUUUAGUUAAACUUUUACAUUCAUUUUUGUUAAAUGAAUGUAAAUGUUUAAAAGGUACAGGUAAAAAAAUUGACCUGUACCUAAAAUACUUAGCUACACGUGCAGAAGAGCAAGCUAUCCCGCUCCUCUUCACUCUAGAGCCGGAACCGCACUAACUGGAGGCUUAGCACGCUCGGCUUCCGGGGCCUGCACUAAAGUUAGUGCCUGCCCUCUAGUUAGCCCGGGCCAAGCUCUGGAGUGAAGAGGAGAGGAUCAGCACACUCUCCAGCGUGUGUAGGUAAGUAUUUUAGCUUUUUUUAAGAAAACAAAGGAAUAUUGCAGAAUUCGGAAAUAUUCAUUAAUUUUCUUCAAUUUAUCCUUUGCAAUAUUAAGUUCUGAAAUGAAUGCACAAGUCUAAUAUAUAUAUAUACAGUAUAUAUGAAAUUGACAUCUUGUUUAUUUUCUUUUAUGUUAUCAGUUCCUAAUGUCAUAUUACCGUAUA